CCGGGUGGGCGCAAACUGAGCGGGGAAAGCCAGAUUGAAAAGGAAUGCUUGUCCAAGGAAAUUUGUUUAAUUGGCUAGUGGCUGAAACAGUGUCCCAGCUAAAACGGUGGCUGGAGAACAGUUGGCCAAGAGCUCUUUCAUGUUUGAUAGCAAGGUUGGAAUUGUCACUGUUUACUGAAGCAUGGGCUUAUAAAUGGUAAACCACAGCUAGUUCAAGGGGGCUUCCCGAUGGCAUGCGUGGAGCUUCUGUACCUCACCAAAGAGGGUGGUCAGUCCGAUCAGUUUCAGGAUACGGACUGGAGUGUGCCUACUCCCCCUGGUCAGGGACAGCCCGAUGAAAGUGUAGGAAGGACUGCAACCAUAUCCAUGGCUGAUGAGCACUGCAAAGCCAUCCAAAGGGCAGAUCUUGCUGAAGCCCCUCUUUCCUUCACCACUGGUUCCUCACCGUGCCCAGAAUGUACAACCGCAGGUGAGAUCACCUGCCAUCCCAGCCUUCCCAAAGAAGCAAAGGAGGCAACCCAAAAGAGAGCUUGCUGCUGCGAAUCAGAGACAUCCUUCACUUUCGUGGACGAAAAUGUCAACAAUCUGGACUACGCAGGACGCCUUGCCCACAAGAGCUGCUGCCAAGGCCAGGAUCUCCUUCCCCACCCCGACCCUGCUGGAGAGAUGCCCCUCGAAUGGCCCUACGAUCCACCCUCGCUGAUUUCCGAGGAAAACGAUGAUGCUGCCUCGGAAGCUGAUGGGGGGAAGUCAAUAGACUAUGGCUUCGUCAGCGCCAUCUUCUUCCUGGUCAGCGGGAUAUUGCUGGUGAUCGUUUCCUACGUGGUCCCCAGGGACGUGACCGUGGAUCCCAGCACGGUGGCGGCAAGGGAAAUGGAGCGUCUGGAGAAUGAGAGCGCAAAGAUUGGGGCUCACCUGGAUCGCUGUGUGAUUGCCGGGCUCUGCCUUUUAACGUUGGGGGGCGUAGUACUGUCCAGUUUGCUCAUGAUCUCUAUGUGGAAAGGCGAGCUCUACAGGAGAAGCAGGUUUGCAGCCUCCAAGGAAUCGGCCAAGCUCUACGGCUCCUUUAAUUUCCGAGUGAAAUCUUCCACAAAUGAUAACAUGGAGUUAUCGUUAGUUGAGGAGGAUGCUCUUGCCGUAGAUAGUUAGGAUGUCCUUGGCACUCUGAGGCAGCAAAGGAUUGAGAACGUAAUUGUCAUCACAUGAAACCAAAUGAAGCUUAAAAUAGCAAGCGCCGUCCGUUGAAGAGUAUCUUUUCCUAGCCCAUUGAAAUGGUAUCUUUGUGUUCUGUAGACGUCGUAGUCUUGGAUGAAAAGACAAGAGAUAAUAUUCGAAAUAAUGCAUACUUGGGAUUCAGAGUGAUUGAAAAUGGCUCUCUUGGUGUUUAUGGAAAUUCUUCAAUGGCUGAUGUCCAUUGAAACUGCAUAGCUUAGAGCCACAUUCACACCCUACAUUUAUAGCUCUGUGAUUCCACUUUAAACAGAGUUCCCUGGGAAGAGGGAUAAUU